CUCAUCCACCCCUUCCCAGAGUUGCUUGGCUACUUAAAUAACACCCCAGGAAGCAAGAGGUUCUGGGAAUAGGUGUCAGCUUCCUGGGGAGUUUCUGCAGCACUCUGGAGAGGGAACCAAUGAUGUCGUUCACUCUGAAAUUUUGCCUGAUAGCUGGGCUAUGCAUCCUGGUCCCCAGCCACCUAGCUGAGGAGCUCCCAGACAGUGAAAACACUCUACCACCACCCUCCUCUGCCAGUCACAUCAUUUCCCCCUCUAUCGCUGAAUUUAGCUUCGAUCUGUACAGGCUACUGGUUUCUAAGUCCAACAACACCAAUAUAUUCUUUUCUCCACUGAGCAUCUCCACUGCCUUUAGCCUGCUUGCCCUUGGGGCCAGAUCAGCCACUCAUGAUCAGAUCCUACAGGGACUGAGAUUCAACCUCACCGUGAUUUCAGAGGAAGAAAUCCAUCAGGGCUUCCACCAUAUUCUCCAUACCCUCAACCUACCUGGAAAUGAGCUUCAACUGACCACAAGCAAUGGCAUGUUCAUAGACAAAAAGCUGAACAUUAUAGAGAAAUUUUUGGAAGACAGCAAGAAACUAUAUGCUUCAGAUACCUUCUCUACUAAUUUUGAAGACAAUGAGGCUGCCAAGAAAGAGAUCAAUGAUUAUGUGGAGAAGGAGACCAAAGGAAAAAUAGUAGAUUUGGUUCAGGAUCUUGAUCCUAAUGCGGUCUUUGUUCUGGUGAAUUGCAUUUUCUUUAAAGGCAAAUGGGAGAAACCCUUCGACACAGAGUUCACUACAGAACGUCCCUUCCAUGUGGAUAACAAAACAACUGUGCCUGUUCAAACAAUGAAUCGCCUUGGAAUGUUCAGUGUGACUUAUGAUAAUGACCUGGCCUGCAAUGUUGUGAAAAUGAACUAUUUGGGAAAUGCAACUGCCCUUUUUAUACUGCCAGAUGUAGGGAAGCUAGAACAGGUGGAGAAUGCCUUGAACAAAGAGCUGGUUUUUAAAUGGUCAAGAAAACUGCAUCGCAGUGCAGUCAAUUUAUAUUUGCCAAAAGUUUCCAUCUCAGGAAACUAUGAUCUGAAGGUAUUAAGAGAACUGGGCAUCACAAAUGUAUUUGAAGACAUUUCAGAUCUUUCUGGAAUCAUAGAGGGAGUAAACCUUCAGCUUUCCCAGGCUGUGCACAAGGCCGUGUUGAACAUCGAUGAGAAAGGAACUGAGGCUUCAGCGGCCACUUUCUUAGAAGCAAUACCUAUGUCUAUUCCCCCUACCAUUGACUUCAACAGGCCUUUUCUGGUUGUCGUUUAUGAAACAGAAACAAGAAGCACACUUUUCUUAGGAAAAGUUAUGAAUCCUACUGCAAAUUAACUUUAGCAGUCCCAGCCCCUCAAGAUCUCAGUGGUAUGCCUCACCACUGCAGAAUAAAGUGGCGGCAUCCUAUUCACACCUGUA